AAGUUUCUGCGUCAUUUGUUGUACCAAAACUCAGAGGACAUGGUUUCACGUACAACUGAUUGACGAGCUACAUUGGACAGAACAACCGCGAAAUGUUUGAGCCCUUUGUUGAAGAUGAAGUUCCCUUUGACGAAUACUGUCGGUCAAUGGGAGAGGAUGGUACUUGGGCAGGAAAUAUGGAGUUGCAAGCAGCUUCACUUGUCACUCGCAGUAAUAUAUGCAUUCAUAGACACAUGUCACCUCGGUGGUAUAUACAGAAUUUUGACAAACAUGAAGCUCGCAUGAUUCAUCUUUCUUAUCAUGACGGAGAGCAUUAUAAUAGUGUGCGCUCAAAGGAAGACACUUGUUGUGGACCAGCUAGACCAAUUGUUAUCCAGGGAGAUGCUGAUGUUUCUGCAAAAUCCAAUCAACCGAAAGAAGCUGCUGUGAAGUCUAAACAGGAAGGUGGAGGUUAUGCUGUCCAAGAGGAAUCUAUUAAAAUGGUAAAGCUUGGAAGUGGAUGCGAAGAUUCAAGAAAAAUUGAACAGGUUUUAAAAGAAGUGGGUGGUGAUGUUGAUGCUGCAAUAGAAGCCCUUGUAGCCGAACAAGGAUGUGUCGAUCAGAUAGUUGCUGAUGAUGAAUUAUCUGAUUCAGUAAAAGUUCCAUACGAUGACCAUAAAGAUGAGAACUCUGAGCAGCUCAAGUUAAAAGAUGAAGAUGAGACAUGCAAAGAUAGCAAUAGAACUGACAAAAAGGGCAACAAUCAACCUGAUGAAAAGAAAAUUCCAAGAAACAAGGCCUGCCCAUGUGGUUCCAAAAAGAAAUACAAGUCUUGCUGUGGUUCAGUUUCUGGGAAAUCUUCUGCAAGAGUUCCAGUUAACCAAACAGUUGACUAUGGGAAAAGUCGGAAAGAGAGAAAGCAAAGUAAAAAAAUUGGAUCAACUGUUGCUAGUUCCAUCCAAUCCGAGGGAGGGCCUCCUGACAUGGGUGCACUUUGCAUCUAAUCACAUCUUCCAGGCUACCACUGAAAUUGAUAUCAGUACAAGUGUCUUUUACCCUAUAGAGAACUGCAUUUAAGGAGGCAUGUAAGAUGAGUAGAUACGCCUAUAUAUAGCUGCAAAUUCUCGAGAAAAUUACAGGAAAAAAGAAGGAAGCGGAUUGCAGGAAAUUCCAUAUUCGGCCAUUUCCCACUGAGGAACUAAGCUGUGAGUACUCUUGCUUUCUGCAGCAAAAAUCAGCCUUUCUCCUUGGUCUGAAUCCAGUUUUAUUAGUGAGAAGAUCAAACAACAGACUAUGACACUCCUGUUGGUUGGCAUUGUCCUCACUCUACUCGGAUUUUGCCAUGAUGUAAGAAAGAAGUAUAAACUUAAUACCACUCUCUUGGGAGAAACAAGUAUUUUGGCAUCAACAAUGUCUUUGGGUUGUGCAAAAAAUGAAAUUAUAGCUAUUUAUACG